CUUCUGCGCUUGAUUGCGGAACGGCGCGGGUUAACAAAGCACAAGAUCCUCGUGCUCGGGGCGGGGCCUGCGCGUCUGAUUGGCUCGCGUAUGUCUUACGUCAUCGAUUCGGGGUUGAGUUGUGUCGGCGUGACGCAAGGCUAGAGGGGCGUGUGUGUUGUGCGCGGAAUCAACUGUAGAAACAAUAACUGACGUGAGACCUCUUAUCCACACACACACACACACACAGACAGACACACACUCAGAAACAGUAAAGACGGUGGGUUUAACCAGCCGCGAGAGAACGCGAACACUCAACAGUCUUUGUGUGUUAAAAAAAAAAAAACAUCCGGGAAACUUCUUUUUGCGCUGAGCGAAGGCACGAGCGAAGAUGCUUCCUUUGUGACAGGCUCGAGCUCUGAGCCACAAACUUCCAGCUCAUUCCGCGUGCUUUUUAAAGACCUCCUGCGCCCGGCCUGGCAUGUGGGUCAAUUCUGGAAGCGUCGGAAGGGCCCUCUCCAUGGAUAUAGACACAGACUAUGAAAGGCCUAAUGUGGAGACUAUAAAGUGCGUGGUGGUGGGUGAUAACGCGGUGGGCAAAACCCGCCUUAUUUGUGCUCGUGCCUGCAAUGCCACCCUCACGCAGUACCAGCUGCUUGCCACCCACGUGCCAACCGUGUGGGCCAUCGACCAGUACCGUGUGUGCCAGGAGGUGUUGGAAAGAUCUAGAGAUGUGGUGGAUGAAGUCAGCGUGUCUCUCAGGCUCUGGGACACCUUCGGCGAUCACCACAAAGACAGGCGGUUUGCUUAUGGCAGGUCUGACGUGGUGGUGCUCUGUUUCUCCUUGGCUAACCCAAACUCCCUCCGCCACGUCCGUACUAUGUGGUACCCAGAGAUUAAGCACUUCUGUCCUCGCACCCCUAUCAUCCUGGUGGGCUGUCAGCUGGACCUACGUUAUGCUGACUUGGACGCAGUGAACCGAGCCCGUAGGCCCCUGGCCAAACCUAUAAAACCCACUGACAUCCUACCACCAGAACGAGGUCAUGAGGUGGCUAAAGAGCUAGGGGUGCCCUAUUACGAGACCAGCAUCGUCGCGCAGUUUGGUGUCAAGGACGUCUUUGACAAUGCCAUCCGUGCAGCACUGAUUUCUCGUCGCCACCUUCAGUUCUGGAAGUCCCAUUUAAAGAAGGUCCAGCGUCCUCUUCUUCAGGCCCCAUUUUUGCCUCCCAGGCCCCCACGGCCCGUAGUAGGUAUCCCUGACCCACCUCCCAUGGAUGGAGAAGGCCCCGACUCGCUUUUCUGCAAGCCGUUAUGCUCAGAUGUCCUGUUCCUUCUCCAAGGUGGUGCCAUUCGUGUUUUUGCUCAUAAAGUAUACCUAGCCACUUCCUGUUCCAAGUUCUACGACCUGUUCACCAUGGACCUAGGAUCUGCAGAGGACGACACGGAAGCAGAUGAGACUCUGGAGGGAGGUGAGGAGGAGGAGCAAAGCCGAAGAGGAGCUAAAGAGCAGGCAGGACGUGCCAAGAGCCUUGAUAUUGAUAAAGAUGGUGAUGGGGGGACCAAGGGUAGCAGGAGACUGCUUUUGCUGGAGCAGGGCUCAUUGAGGACUUCCAAAAGUGAUAACGCCCUCCCAGCCAGGGGUCAGUACUCUCUGGGUUUCCUGGGGACUGGCCGCCCACUUUCAGGAUGGGGCCGGGGGUUUCUCGGUGUGUACCUGGAAAGGGUGGAUGACCCAGUAACAGGUCGACCAAGACUCAUGACAGUUGUGUCCAUGGAUGAACUCAUUCAGGAGGCACCUUUCAGGGCGGUGCUGCAGUACCUGUACACAGGUCACUUAGAUGAAGGCCGGAGUGACCUGAUGCAGGUGGCCACCAUUGCUGAGCUUCUGGAGGUCUUUGAUCUGCGCAUGAUGGUGGCCAACGUGCUGAACCGUGAGAGCUUCAUGAACCAGGAAAUCACCAAAGCCUUCCAUGUGCGUCGGGCCAACCGAAUCAAAGAGUGCCUGAGCAAAGGCACCUUCGCUGAUGUGGUGUUCCAAUUGGACGAUGGUUACCUACCAGCCCACAAGCCCCUGCUCAUCUCCAGCUGCGACUGGAUGGCGGCCAUGUUUCGUGGGUCUUUCAUGGAGAGCUACAUUGAGGAGGUGUCCAUACCCAACACCAGUACUGCCUGUAUGAGAGCUGUGCUUGAGUAUCUGUACUGCGGCUUGCUCACACCUUGCCCUGACUUGGAGCCGAUAGACCUCAUAAUACUGGCCAACCGUCUCUGCCUGCCCCGCCUUGUGGCUCUUACAGAGCAACAUGCGGUUGAUGAGCUCUUGCAGUGGGCAGUAAAAGGAGCGGACAUUGACGGACAGGUGCUGGCUUACCUAGAAUUGGCCCAGUUCCACAAUGCCAAACAGCUCUCCACCUGGUGCCUCCAUCACAUUUGCACCAACUACAACAGCGUGUGUCGCAAAUUCCCCAAAGACAUGAAGGCCAUGUCUCCAGAAAAUCAGAAGCAUUUUGAGAAGCAGCGCUGGCCCCCUGUCUGGUUCCUUAAGGAGGAAGACCGCUACAAUCGCUCAAAGAAGGAGCGUGAGCAUGAGGAAGAAAUCCUGCGCAAGCAGCACACCAAACGUGGCUGGUGUUUUUGGAGACACCCAUCCUCCUCUGCACCUCACAUCUCCUGAGGGUGCAGCCACCAUCAUCCACACCCCCGAAUCGCUCACCUCGUCUCGGCAUCAAGACUCGCAGCUGAGCCUGGGAAGACCCGUGUCUGUGUCCAAUCUAUGUGUCCUGGUUGAUGGGCGUUUGUCUGGGGCUACUUCACCCUCGUGUUUCUGCCCUCCCUCGUCAGGUUUAAUGCCAAGCCUGUGGCAAAAAGCUGUGGCCCAUAAGAGUCUGUAUCUCAUUAACUAAAGGGGAGAAUUUCUCACUCUGUCUUGUGUUUCACUGUGUUAAUCCAGCAACUUUGGAUGCCUCAUAGGGACACCAAUUAGGGAAUGUCUUCAUGGCAGUGAUCUGCCUUUACCUUUUAAGACUGUUAUUCUUAUGCUACGACUACAAACCCCACGCUUUCCCACUCACCCCCCCUUUCCCCAGUACCAAGCCUAGGCGCUGGCGCCCGAGCAUGCAUAGAGCAUGGUGCUGAUGUGAUGAGCUUCUCCUGUGAAUCCUAUUUCUGGAGAAAAUAUCCAGCGUAUAUGAGCUACAAAUACCUUGCACCUAGCACCUAAAACAGCGUCAGGGAUUUAUUAUUUUGUAAACCACAAAGGUAAAUCCACACAAGCUAUAGUACAUGCUUUUGGCCUCAGUAAUGAAUAGGGUUUGCCUGUUCUCUCAGUAAAGAAGAAAAAAAAUUCCACUAAUGCUCUAUUUGGGAAACUGUACUCAAGGACCCUCAUUUAUUAACAUUGCUUGCAAACACAUCUAUGUAGAAAUUGUGUUUAGACGUAGAUAUGGUUGAUUGUCGGUGCGUCUGUUUUUAACCAAGCACAUGCUUUUAUUAAUAAGCUUUAUAUACACACUUGUGCAUCUGCAUACUCACCAUUGACGAAUCCCAAUUUUACAGCGUGUACGAAAGUGUUUAACCCUUUUCUACGCAAUGUUGAUCAAUGAGGGCCAAGAAUUUUUAUUGCUAGCACUUACGGUUGACUGUGGGCAGAAACAGAACACUGAAUAAACAGAGUGCAAUUCUCUGCUCGGUAACCUAAAAAGGCUCUAAAAAGCACCAAAGAGAUGAUUCUGGUGUGGGGGAGGAGAAAAAAAACAUAACAGUGAGGUCUUAAUUUAGGGCUUUUUUUUUUUUUACCACUGCCAAUGGGAGUAUUAACAUUUAUUUUCAAGUACGGUAUGGGGAAUGAUUAGGUGUUGUUUGUUUGUUUGUUUGUUUUACUUGCAUUUCCUUUUUUAAGCCACUAGAAGCAGUGUUUCUUUUUUUUUUUAUUAUUAUUACUGUUUAAAAUGUUUUAAAAUCGACUCCCUUGCAACAUAACCAAAAACAAGGUUGCCAUGUUUUUCCCUUUCUCUUCUUCGCUAAAAACUAAAUUAGCUUCCCUCAGUCUAACCUAACCUGCUGUGUUCUACCUCUGCAGACAAAAAGAAGUUCGGGAUUCAGUCAGUGUGGUGUCUUUUUUUUUUUUUUUUUGCUGCAAAAGAAAGACUUUCACUUUCCAUUUGAUGCAGUGAAAAUGGUGCUUGGAAGUACUAAAUAUCACAGUGAUGGUAUUCUUUUCUGGCCGCUGUACUUUUGCUAAUGUAAUUAACUUUGUGUGACAAUCCUAAACAACAACAACGAAAAAAAAAAAUCAUGCGUAUUUAGCAAGCAAAGGUGUUGGCUAAAAGAUUGUUUCCUUUUUUCUCUCUCUCUCUCUCUCUCUUCCAAAAGCUUUAUGACUUUCAGUUGAAAGGCUUGUAGCAAAAUGGAAGAUGGGCUUUGUGGUAUUACAGAUAUAUUCUACUGGUGUGGUAUUAAUGUGGUAACAUGACACAACUCAGUAAUUACAACCUCUCCGCUUUACUCACUACAUUAAGUAUCUAGUAUUUCUCAUACACAUUGUGCUGCUGUGUAUCUGGUGAUCAUUAUCGCCACGUGCCUGUUACAAUAUCAAAACCGACUAGACCGUAGACGUCAAUGUUACUUGUUAGCUGUUGGUUUGAUCGGGCUGUGCUGAAGAAUAUAUAUAUAUAUAUUCUGAAAGCUCAGUUUGAAGAGUGCUAUUUCUGUAAAUGAAAUUUUUUUCUUUCACUUUCCACUAUUUCUGGCUUUCAGCUUCUUCACCUCCGUGAGGCAGCACCCAGGUGCCGCUGGUAGCUAGAUGGAGACAUAUGAUGUGGAAAGACUUUCUCACUAGAGACGCGCUCGAAUAAUCAACAGCUACCGAAAUAGAUAUGUGAGAGAAUCUCAGCAGGCCUAUGUGUGAAUGAAGCUGAUCUUUGGAUGGAAGGAAAUAGCAAAAUGUUUUAACACAAGGGUGUUAGAUCCUAGAAAAAGCUAAGACAUUUUAGAUAAUACAGUAAUUAAAAAUAGCAAUUGAUGAUCUAAAAUGAACCUGCGUGCAGUAAAUUAAUAUGCGAUUAUAUAUUAAUACACCGGUUUACGGUCGCUCUUCUAAAUGAUUGUCUCAGUACUCUCGAUAGAAAAGAUGUUAAAACCACUGUAAAAUAGUGUUUACUUCUUACACAGUGUGUUUCUGUACUUGAAGGUGGAACGCUGUGUUGCCUUGGUGAUUUUUGGAUUUUUCGUUUUUUUUUUUUUUGUCCUUUACAUAUUUUUUGUCUGGAUCUGUCGUGCAUGAAUGACUGUUCCUAAACUCCAGCAUUUAUAUAAACCUUACAUUUUGUAGCAUGGUAAAUUUUCUUCCAUAAGAAAGGCGGACGUUUUUAGCUCCAUACUGUUUGUGUUCAGUGUUUGUUGGUGAAGGCAAUGAUGUCUUUUGUAUAUUACCUGUGUGCUUUAUUGGUAUUGCCUUUGCUAAGAUUGGGUUUUAAGAACAUACGGGGUUGUAUUAUGUAGUUCUGGGAUUUUUUUUUUUUUUGCGAAUUUUUUUUUUUAAGAGUAUUAUUAGAAUGAUUAUAGCUUGGAUAACAUUUUGAGACUUUUUCAAACAGCACUAACAAUUGAUAAGCCCUUAUUAGCAGUGUAACAGCCUAUGCACUUUAGCCUAAAUUGUGAAAGGUAUUUUCCUGAUUUUAUAUUGAUUGCCUUGAAUUUUACAUUCUAACAUGCUAAGACAUGCACGUUUACAGUAAAUGUGCAUGAAGAUUGGUCUCAUUUAGACAUGAUUGCAUGCAGUCAUGUGUACAGUGGUAUUAAGAAUCAGGAUUACACUAGUCCGUUCCCCUCUCUAAAAUGUGUGAUAUAUUUGGGGGGAACUCUAAUGACAAAUUUAUAUACAGUUUUUAACUGGCUUAUGUCAUUAAUCAGGAAAAACAAAAAAAUCCCCCACAGAGGUUGCAAUAGUAAUGCCCCAUAGGGCUCAGUGUUGUAUCCUGGCAUUACCUGUGCCUUUGGUUUGGUUUUGUUUGUUUUUUUUAAAGAAAAAAAAAAUUCAUGUUGCCUUUCUAAAGAGGGGCCUCUUACUACUGCCUUUAGAUGGUAAAUAAUUGUUAAAAAAAAAUACAAAAAUAUGUGUGCACACGCAUAAACACACAGGCACUUAGCCAGGCAGCUGACCACCGCAUUCCUCGUCUUACUGUCAGUGCCUGUGGACGUUAUGUAGCGCAGCUUACUGUUCUUUAACCUGUCUUUAUGCUGCAUCCUUUUCAUUGCUUGUAUAAAAUAUUUCCAGCCCUUUUUUUUUUUUUUUUUGCUGAACUGAGUGGAAAUAAACGCUUCGGGUUAGGAUGCGAUCCUGCUGGUACAGCUGUGGGAGAGGUCGUCCAGCCUAAAGCAUUUGUUGCCGUUGGACCCUCAUGCCCUCUACCGAAGCAAAUGAGAACUAUUAAAUGCAGCUUAUUAUGCAGCACACAUUUUAUGGUGUGAUGGAAAGACUUUUGCAUUAUCAGGAAGCCAAGGGCUGAACAUGCUUCUUCCAGCGCUGCUGUUUCCUUUCGAAUUCAGCAUCCCCUCUCCAAAUUUCUCCACUAUUUCUUCUUCCAAAUAUGAUUUCCUCAUUUUCCGUACCUCACACUUUGUAUACGUACCUCUUCAUAGGUAAUUAUGAUGAUUUUGUUCAAUUUCAGAAUUUGAUCUUUUGGGUAAAACCACUUCUGUAUUUUUCAUGCAGUGAAUUCCUAGGACAGAGCAUUACAUGUUUGUAGUCUAGAUGCUUUAUGCAUUUUUGUUUUUUUCAGUCAUACAUCUUAUAUAAACUGCUGUGGGGAAUAACAAUAUGCAAAGGGGUUACCAUUAUCAUAACUUUGAAUAUACAGCUCUCACUUUCAGUGAAAGUGGCCUUCUUUAAACUAACAUGCCAAUUCUAACACGAAUGAUAUCAUCAGUUUUACGAAAAGUGCACCUCAAUAUUGGAGAGGGUUCAGCACCUGAGUAAAAGAUGAUGACCAUACUUCCUUUUGUUUUGUUCUCUUUAUUAUAUGACUAUUAUACCAUUAAGCACUUUGUGUUAAUCUUGUUAACUUCUUACUUUUUUUUGAAAAUUGUUGUUAAUGUAAUGAAACAAAAAGAGCACACACAACACACUAUAAGGGCUUUUUUAAUAAAAAAAAAUUAAGAAAGGCAACAAUCAGAAUGUUUUGCGAUGCUGCAAAAAUGUUUUAACGGAACCUUUGUAAUACAUUUUUUGAACCACUGUGAUUUGUACAAAAUAGAACAAACAAGUAGGGGGGAAAUGCCGUUUCAGUAUUCUAAUGUUUAACUGGGCUUUUAAUAAACUUCAUGUGGUUUAUUUGA